ACUUUCUUCCUCCAUAAAAACUCUCUUCACAAUUCCCACAAAAAAAAGGGGGAAAAGGAAAAUUCCAGCCUAAGAUUAGAUUAAUGAAGCCCACUUAACUGGCUCUACUUCCCUUCUUUUUCUCGGGGUUGGCCAGAUCGCGGGUUUGGUAGCGGCGGGACAAGAAUGCAGCAAUGGCGGCCGGAGAACGCGGCCAUGACCUUCGACGAGGUAUCCAUGGAGAGGAGCAAGAGCUUCGUCAAGGCCUUGCAGGAACUGAAGAACUUGAGGCCUCAGCUUUACUCUGCUGCUGAGUAUUGUGAAAAGUCUUACCUUCACAAUGAACAGAAACAGAUGGUACUGGAUAAUCUGAAAGAUUAUGCUGUUCAAGCCAUUGUCAAUGCAGUAGAUCACCUUGGUACUGUUGCUUACAAGUUGACAGACCUGUUUGAACAGCAAACAUUGGAUGUUUCAACUGCGGAGCUAAAGAUUUCAUGUCUGAACCAGCAAAUUCUUACUUGCCAAACAUACACUGAUAAAGAGGGUCUUAGGCAGCAGCGAAUGUUCACAAAUACUGCAAGACAUCACAAACAUUACAUUUUACCAGAUUCUGUCAGCAGAAGGAUGCAGAGUUGUUCACAACUACAGAUUGAUGCCAAUUUAAUUCAUGUUCAAGCAAAACCUCGUCCUGAUCCUCCAGGCAGCCCUGCAUCAAAAACUCUUUCCUGGCUUCUAGCCUCUGAGACCAACUCUGCAUCAGAUGGAGCACCUCGUGAAGUAUCAGGCACUGGAGAUGCUAAAGCUCCUAAGAUAACUUCUGAAGUCUUCCAUCUUUUGAGUAUCGUCCAUUUGGAAGCUUUCAACUUAAUAUGUCGCUUUGUUUCUUCUUAUAUUAUGUGUAUCGAUAGCUGCAUAGCUUUGGAGCUAUUUUCAAUAUUUGUAUGUGACAAAUGUUUUAUUUUGAAUUCAUGUAAAUUUCAGAUGCAGAAGACGCUGCUGCGCCAAUGCCCUUAUCAACUCAUCUUCGGUCAGCCAGUUCAAAUCCCACUUCUUAUACAGCUUUGCACUCGUUUGGCAUUAGGGAUCCUGUGGAGCCUUCAAAACCUUUAAUCACAUUCAGAUCCUUUGACAACCCUGGACGGCUUCAAAUUUAUCGGCCUCCUGUUCGCAGUAAGAGCUUGCUGUCAGCAUUUUUUGCCAAAAACAAAUCCUUAAAGCCAAGAAAGGCUUCUGUCUUGUGAUGGUUUUCUUCACCAACCAACGCACUCGACCUGCCAGAUUUGCUUGGUUGAAUGUUUUUUGCAAAUAGGCCUAAUUGGUGACGUAGUCAGUGCACUCUGUACAACUUUCUGUGAUUGCUGGAUGUAUUUAUCUAUUAACUGGUUAUAGUUGUGUGGCUGCUCUGUCACUCUAUAUCUCUAGGUCUUUUGCAGCAUGCCCUAGUUGACGAGGUGUUGCAAAUCAUAGGACUAUUUUUGUGUGAUAUUUCAUUAUUGUAAAGAGGCUUGAAUUACUCUAUCAAGAUGCCAGAAACAGCCAAGACAUCGUAGUCUAAUUCUUGAGGAUCUGUACUUGUAUUAAAGCUGGCUCAAGUCGUGCAUAUCUAUUUCUACAGAUUUAGUUAUA